UCGCCAGUCUCUUGACAAGCUAGUUGAAGACAUUGAAUGAUCUUUACCUUUUACAGAACAAACUGAAUUACAUCUUCCCAAGUAAAACAGUAGGAAGUUUGAUGAAAUUGAGGUUAUAGGAACCAUAUAUUUAUAGAAAGGAAACAAAAACAUCGACAGACUGACAAACAAGAUAUGAUGUCCUGCUAAGUUGGAUGUUUAUAAAGGGACACUGAGAUAAGGAUAUAGUCUGCUGUUCACCAUAAAGCAGCUGGUUUUCUGUGAUUGACACAGUAAAUAAUACCUUGGUUUACACUUAUGGUUCCAGUCAGUCAGUUGUAUGAUGGUAGUCACCAUGCUGGACACUUGGAAGUAAACAUGACAAAUAGAGACGCGUGGUACGAAAAAAUGAGGAUAGCUGUGAUUGGCCAGAGUUUAUUCGGGGCAGAUGUAUAUCGUCUUCUUCAGAAAGAUGGACACAACAUUGUUGGAGUGUUUACGGUACCGGACGUCAACGGCAAACCUGACCCCCUAGCGGCGGCCGCUUCCAAUGAUGGGAUCCCGGUGUUUAAGUAUAAGCGGUGGCAGUUGAAAAAGCAGGUGAUUCCGGAGGUACUGGAGGAGUACAAGUCUGUGGGGGCAGAGCUCAAUGUCCUACCAUUCUGUUCACAGUUCAUUCCCAUGGACGUCAUCACUUUCCCUCGCAAACAGAGCAUCAUUUACCACCCUUCAAUACUUCCCAGGCACAGAGGAGCAUCGGCCAUCAACUGGACCCUCAUGCAAGGUGAUGCCUCUGCUGGCUUCUCUGUGUUUUGGGCUGACGAUGGACUGGACACAGGGCCCAUACUGCUUCAGAGGAAGACCUUUGUGGACCCUAAUGACACAGUUGAUACAAUCUACAACAGAUUUCUCUUCCCCGAGGGAGUCAGAGCCAUGGGAGAUGCUGUGAGGAUGAUCACUCAGGGCACCGCCCCCAGUAUCGUACAGAGUGAGGAGGGAGCCACGUACGAUGCCAUGUUAAACAAGAGGUCUCUAGUGGAGAUUAAUAUGGACCAGUCAGCGAUGGCUAUCCACAACUUUAUCCGAGGCUGUGACAAGGUUCCUGGGGCCUGGACUACUGUAGAUGGUCAGAAAGUGACUCUGUUUGGAUCACGCCUUUGGAAUAGGAUGGAGCCCUAUGGGACCAAAGUGAAUGUGAAAGGUUCGACCCAGCAAGGAGUCGUCCACAAAAAUGGACUCGCUCUCUAUGGCAAUGAUGGGAAGAUGGUAAAUGUCACACAGAUUCAGUAUGAAAAUGGAAAAAUGAUCCAGGCAAACAAGUUUGGUAAGGAGGACUUGUCGCAGGCAAAACUGGAACUCUCUGCCGAGGAGGAGAAAAUGCUCACCUCUUUAAAGUCUGUCUGGAACGGUAUUUUAAAUGUAGACAUUGAUGAAACCACUGACUUCUUUAAGUGUGGAGCUGGCUCCAUGGAUGUGGUGAGGUUAGUGGAGGAGGUGAAGGAGAAAUGUAAUGGUACCACCCUCCAGACUGAAGACGUGUACAUGAAUACCACAUUUGAGGAUUUCUCCAGUUGCGUCAUCCGGCGGAGUCGUGGAAUUGAGGACAAGGAACCAUUUGUAUUUGAUGCAGUAAAAAUGAAUGUCAACAAUAUGGAUAUCUCUUUUGCUCACCAACUUUUCAUUGACAACGAAUUCAUCGACUCCUCUGAUGGAAAGACUUUCAAGACUGUAAAUCCUAAUGACGAAUCUGUGAUAUGUGAGAUAGCAAAGGGCACGCCCACUGAUGUCAACCGGGCAGUAGAGGCAGCCAAGGCAGCAUUCUAUGAAGGAGAGUGGGGAAGAAUGAACGCCAGAGACAAGGGAGCUCUUAUGUUCAAACUUGCCGACUUGAUGGAACAACACCAGGAGGAGCUAGCUACAAUAGAGAGCAUGGACUCCGGGGCCGUGUACACACUGGCACUGAAAACGCACGUGGGCAUGUCUAUUGCCACCUUCAGAUACUUCGCUGGCUGGUGUGACAAAAUUCACGGUUUGACAAUUCCUAUCAACAAUGCCAGACCAAGCAAGAAUUUGACCUAUACAAAACGUGAACCAAUCGGUGUGUGCGCCAUUGUGGUGCCAUGGAACUACCCACUCAUGAUGUUGGCUUGGAAGAUGGCUGCCUGUCUGGCGGCAGGUAACACGGUGGUACUGAAGCCAGCUCAGGUGACGCCUCUGACUGCACUGAAGUUUGCCGAGCUUGUUGUGGAGGCUGGCUUUCCUCCAGGUGUCAUCAACAUCCUUCCUGGUCCAGGUUCAUCCAUUGGUCAAGCUAUGUCCGAACACCCGGACAUCAGGAAGCUGGGCUUCACCGGGUCAACACCUAUUGGCAAGACCAUAAUGACAAGAACCACAAGACCUAUGCUGUUUUUGCGAAAGGCUGUCAGAAUGGGAUGUGGGGCCGUUUUCUUCAACAAGGGAGAGAACUGUAUCGCCGCUGGUCGGCUGUUUGUGGAGGAGUCUAUUCAUGAUGAAUUUGUACAAAGAGUGCUUGCGGAAAUUAAGAAGAUGAAGAUUGGUAACCCUCUUGACCGAUCGGUAGACCAUGGGCCCCAGAAUCACCGCGCCCACAUGGAGAAGCUGCUGGAAUACUGUGAGACGGGUGUAAAGCAGGGUGCCACCCUAGUUACUGGGGGCAAGCAGUGUGAUAUGCCAGGUAAUACAGUUUCCUUUGACAUUGAGGGUGUGAUCCGUCGUGCCAAUGACACCGAGUUCGGACUUGCCUCCGGUGUAUUUACAAAAGACAUUAACAAGGCAAUGCAUGUAGCGGACAGUAUCCAGGCCGGGACUGUGUUUGUCAACACCUACAACAAGGGACCGCUACAUGACACGGACCAACCAAUCGGGACUCCACCUAACACGGACCAACCAAUCGGGACUCGACCUUACACGGACCAACCAAUCGAGACUCGACCUAGAACAGACCAACCAAUCGGGACUCGACCUAACACUGACCCACCAAUCGGGACUCCACCUACAAUUUGUAACACGGACCAACCAAUCGGGACUCGACCUUACACGGACCAACCAAUCGGGACUCGACCUAACACGGACCAACCAAUCGGGACUCGACCUUACACAGACCAACCAAUCGGGACUCCACCUAACACGGACCAACCAAUCGCCACUCCAUCUUACACGGACCAACCCAUUGGGACUCCACCUAACACGGACCAACCAAUCGGCACUCCAACUUACACGGACCAACCCAUUGGGACUCCACCUAACACGGACCAACCAAUCGGGACUCCAUCUUCCACGGACCAACCAAUCGGGACUCCACCUAACACGGACCAAACAAUCGGGACUCCACCUAACACGGACCAACCAAUUGGGGCUCCACCUUACACGGACCAACCAAUCGGGACUCGACCUUACACAGACCAACCAAUCGGGACUCCACCUAACACGGACCAACCAAUCGGGACUCGGCCUUACACGGACCAACCAAUCGAGACUCGACCUAGACCAGACCAACCAAUCGGGACUCGACCUAACACUGCCCCACCAAUCGGGACUCCCCCUACAAUUUGUAACACGGACCAACCAAUCGGGACUCGACCUUACACAGACCAACCAAUCGGGACUCCACCUAACACGGACCAACCAAUCGGCCCUCCAUCUUACACGGACCAACCCAUUGGGACUCCACCUAACACGGACCAACCAAUCGGCACUCCAUCUUACACGGACCAACCCAUUGGGACUCCACCUAACACGGACCAACCAAUCGGCACUCCAUCUUACACGGACCAACCAAUCGGGACUCCACCUAACACGGACCAAACAAUCGGGACUCGACCUAACAAGGACCAACCAAUCGGGACUCGACCUAACACGGACAAACCAAUCGGGGGUUCCACCAAACACGGACCAAACAAUCGGGACUCCACCUAA